ACUGCCGAUCUGAGGCGACACUGUACCAACAAAUUGGUAAAUGACUCCACUCGAACGCGUAUCCGCUCACUCUACUUAAGACAAGAGGAUCCUCCAGUCUGCCGUCUACCCCGGGGCACAUCAGUGUCCUAAAUCACGUGCACCAACCGAAAGGAAUUUCCCACGGAAAUGCGGCGUACGAUGAGGCUUUGAAACUCUGGAACAGAUGCUAACCUUCAUCAACCGACAAUAUGAGAAAAAAUAAACUCCGAAUACAUAAAUCUCCAUAAGUCAAUUUGAUACUGAACUCAAUAUUGACGAAAAAUGAACGGAAUAAGCGUCGGGGCUGAAAAAGCUUCCGGGGAAACCAAGGAACCGAAGAAGAGGAUUAGUGUUAAAGAAAAACUGAUGCAGAUAAGGUCCAACAUAACAGUGGAACCGAUUAUAGCGUGCUACAUAAUGUCCAAUGUGUUUUCUGGCUUGGCCAUUCAGAACUUAAAUUUGGAGAAAGCUUGUCGGGUGAAUUUAGGGUACAGCGAUGAAGUUUGUUCCGCGUUGAAUAGGCGGCAGACUGAGAACUACACAAUGGAAGAGGCGGAGGUGCAGAAACUGACUGCAUCGGUGCAGGCGUGGAAGAAUAUCGCGCAGACAGUGUUCCCCUGUAUACUAGUUCUAUUUGUCGGUUCCUGGAGUGACAAGACGGGAAAAAGGAAAGCCUGUAUCCUACUGCCGAUCGUCGGUGAGGUGUUGUGCGUCACAAGUUUCAUGUUGAACACAUACUUCUUCUACGAACUCCCUCUGGAAAUCACGGCUCUUUCAGACUUGUUUCCAUCGCUGACCGGUGGAUGGAUAACAGUUUGCGUUGGUGUAUUCAGCUACAUUGGUGACGUGACGACUAAAGAAAUGAGGACAUUCAGAGUGGGAGUGGCUAAUUUAUGUAUGUCGCUGGGGAUCCCCAUAGGAAUGUCACUGAGUGGGAUCCUCCUCCAACAGAUCGGAUACUAUGGGAUCUUUCUAAUAUCCUUGUGCUUGUAUUUCAUCAGUUUGAUAUACGGAUAUAUUCGUCUGAAGGAUCCAAUUCUUCCUGAAGACAGGCAGAGAGAGCAACCAGUGGGCUGUAGAGGAUGGGUGUGCUCGUUCUUCGACGCCCGGCACGUCAGAGAGACGCUCACGGUUGCCUUCAGGAGCGGCCCUCGCAGACGACGACUGCGGGUGUCAUUGCUUAUAGUCGUCGUGUGUGUUAUAUUCGGACCUUUGCAUGGUGAAAUGAACGUCCUCUACCUGUUCAUGCGCUAUCGGUUCAACUGGGACGAAGUGCAGUUCAGCAUGUUUUGUACAUAUAGCAUUAUCACCAAUUUAGUGGGAACGCUGUUCUCGAUCAGCAUCUUCAGCGACUUGAUGAAGCUGGACGACACGCUGGUGGGCAUCAUCUCCUGCACCAGCAAGAUCCUCGCCUCCUUCAUAUUCGCCUUCGCUACCACUACUACCGAGAUUUACAUUGCGCCCCUGGUAGAGAUCUUCAAUGGGACAUCCUUCAUAGCGAUGCGUUCUAUCGCAUCCAAGUUGGUGACUAGUGAAGAAUUAGGUAAAGUGAACUCUCUCUUCGGGUUGGCGGAGGCGAUGAUGCCUCUGGUCUACGGCCCGCUGUACUCCAGGGUGUACAUGGCGACUCUGAACGUUCUGCCUGGCGCUGUCUUCCUCUUGGGGGCCGGUAUGACCGUCCCGGCUGUGGCAAUAUUUGGCAUUCUCUCUAUGCUAGCAACACAGAAUUUAAAUUUGGAUAAAGCGUGCAGGGUUAAUCUCCAAUUUGACGAGGCCGUGUGCAAUAAUUUAAGAUUAAGAAAGCGGGAGAACCUAACUUUCGAAGAGGAUGAAGUACAGAAGUUAGUAGCAUCAGUGCAAGCUUGGAAAAGCGUAAUCCUCACACUAGUUCCUACAAUUUUAAUGCUGUUCAUCGGAGCUUGGAGUGACAAAACUGGGAGGCGGAAAAUCUGCAUGCUCAUGCCAAUCUUUGGGGACUUUAUGGCUUGUGUGCUUAACAUGGUUAACACGUAUUAUUUCUUUGAAGUCUCAGUGGAGUUGACUGCUUUUAUGGAGGUCAUAUUCCCAUCGAUCACUGGAAGUUGGUACACACUAUUACUGGGCUGUUAUAGCUACUUGAGUGAUAUUACCUCGAAGGAAAGCAGGACUUUCAGGUUAGGGAUAUUAAGUCUGUGUAUGACGGUUGGUUUUCCCAUCGGCAUGGGUUUAAGUGGGGUGCUGUUGAGGUAUACAGGGUACUAUGGGGUGUUCUCAGUAUCGGCUAUGUUCCAGUUUAUGAACUUCUGUUACGUGAUUUUUGCCAUCAAGGAUCAUACGUGGCUGGACUCCAAAGAAAAGAGAAAGAAGACUAUAUGCAUUGGAUUUUUGAUGGAAUUCUUUGACUUCCGGAGUCUGAAGGACACAUUUCAGAUUGCGUUCAAGAAGGGCGCUAACAACCGGAGACUGAAGAUAUGUAUGGUUAUGACAGUGGUGUGCCUGACCUUUGGACCCACGUGGGGUGAACUGAGUAUAAUGUAUAUUUUUGCGCGAUAUCGCUUCAACUGGGACGAGGUGAAGUACAGUAUAUUUUCAACAUACAAUCUCGUCGCACACGCUAUAGGCACAGUGUUUUCCAUCACCGUGUUCAGUAAGAAAUUAAGAGUAGAUGAUUCGGUACUAGGAAUGAUUGCCGCGACCAGCAAGAUUGCUGGUUCCGUGCUGUUGGCGUUUGCGAAAACUAACGCCGAAGUUUAUUUAGUACCAUUAGUGCAGAUAUUAGAUGGGACGAUGACAAUAGCGCUGCGGUCUAUCGCCUCCAAACUAGUUUCUCACCAAGAACUCGGCAAAGUGUUUUCCCUCAUCGGCCUAGCGGAGACAAUGAUGCCUCUGAUGUUCGCGCCCCUCUACGCGCGCAUCUACAUACUGACUCUGCACAUUCUGCCGGGAGCAGUGUUCCUGGUUAGCGCCGCGGUGACUGUACCCGGCCUUGGAAUAUUCAUAUGGUUCUUCAGGCAGCACAAGAAAGACGGGCGGAAGAAAAUGCUCAAUAUGUCGUCCAAUCAAACCGCCGCAACAGAUUCUGACGCUGCUACAUUAACUUAAUUAAUUAAUUUUUUUAAAUUAAUUAAUAUUAACUUAAUUUGUUAAACUAUUAUGUGGGGUUUACCACAAGUGAGACUGCAGUCAAGGACGAGAAACUUGUAAUAGAAUUAAAAAAUCGGUCAAGUGCGAGCCGGACUCACACACGAAGGGUUCCGUACCUACUGCUUACGGAUGGGCGGACAGUUAGUCUUAGUAAUGGGGUUCCGCUGGUACCCCUCGGGUACGGCAGCCUAAAAAAGGCGGGACCAAACUUUUUUUUUUUUCUUUUCGCAUUACAAGUUAACCCUUGACUGCAAAUCUGUUGGUAAGUGAUGAUGAUGAGCGAUACAGUCUAAGAUGGAAGCAGGCUAAUUUGGAAGGGGCAGUUUUGUUAAAACCAUACCCCUUAUCGGUUUCUACACAGCAUCGUACCUGAACGCUAAACUGCUUGGCGGCACGGCUUUGCCGGUAGGGUGGUAACUAGUCACUGCCGUAGCCUCCCACUAGACCAGACCAGAAACGUUAUAAAUUCCCAAAUUGUUCCUGUUAGGAAUCUACUUGAGAUUUCCCAGUUAUAAAGACCACAGCGUUCAUCAUUGCGCCAAGGAGAAAUCCUGUUCAUGGGUUUCUCACACCUUGAUACAUAGUAUCUCUGAAAAGGCAGUCUUGCCGAUAUAAUAAUUAGCUACCCCUGGUUUUACUCCCGUGGGUAUCCCAAAAAUUCAGACCUAUUCCUUGUCUUUAUAACAAAGAGAACCUCUGGGCUGAAUUGGAGCUUUUUAGAACCGAACGUUUGGACUGGGUGUUUAUGAAUCAGUCAGUACAGAGACUUUUUUCUUUUGUUAUACUAGACUUUUGUUAGACUAGAUGCUCGUGACUUCGUCCGUGUAGAAAUAGGUAUUUUAUAAACCAAAUCGGUUAAUCAUUGUGGCGUGAAGGAGUAAUAAACAUCCAGCCAUCCAAACAUUCACAUCUAUAAAAUUAUUAUUAAGAUAUGAAGUGAGAUUCAGUUAUACUUUUAUGUUUUUAAAUAAAUAUGAACGACUGGAAAUUCGAAUAGCGUAAGGUAUUUACAAU